UAGUGCCAAAAAUGGAUUCGUUUAUGGAUUUUUACUUCGAAGAGGUGUUUAGCACCAUGGACAGAGAUUCCUUGAACAUGCGGUUCAAGAGGAGAGAACUAGUCGAAUACUUCAAUACUGUCAUUGCUGGAUGUGCCAAAGGUCAAAACAAAUCCGACGAAGUUUCGUGCAAGAACUUCGUGCAGUCAGCUCUCCGAUAUCACAAUUCUUGCAAGUCAAGCAACGGAGACGUAUGCCUCAUGGGGAAAUACCAUAACGUUCUGUACAUAGCCAUGAAACUUGCCUUCGAUUGGAGCUUACAAGAUAAUGGUACGGUGGCAGCUCUGUUGGAUGAGAUGUACGCUUGUGAGAAGACCUUUGAGAGAAUAUUUUUGGGGGCCAUCUUUGGUACAUCUGCCCCUUACUUUUUGGCUGGUUGGAAGUCAGACUUCAUGGAUAAAGAAGAAAACGUUCAUGCACUAGUCUACUUCCUAGAUCACGCUACAAAUGCCAACCUUGAAUACAACGAGGGAGACAAAACAUAUCGCUUCAUUGACGUCCCAUUGGAAAGCUGUGGCCAAGCAUCCCCAGUUAGGGUAGUCAUCCAAAUGGGUGCUGCAGAAAUGCUGAUGAUUCUCCUAAGAUUUGGAGCUAGAAUCUCUUCAGAAGCUGUAUCCACUAACCCUGUAGAAUCCAUCUUAGAUAGACUCAAAGAGUACAACAGAGUAUAUCCGUAUGAACUGGUGACGUGUCUUAAGCUCACUUUAAGAGCAGUGCCAAGAGUGAAUUUUACGGUAGAUAGAAACGUUUUCAAAGAAUUAGAACUGCCCGAAGACUAUAAUUACCAAAGGAAAGUAGCUUUGGAAAAGUAUGGAGAAAUAUUAGAGGAUCAUUUGGUUCCUACUUCCAGAUGUGGAUUAAAACCAGUAGAGUUGAAGCACAUGUGCAGAUGUAUUAUAAGAGAAAUGCUGUGGAAGAACUUUGAACUACCUUUUGGUAUCGCGAAAUUACCUAUACCUGUGUCAUUGCAAAGAUAUUUGGACUUGUUUGAUGAUUAA